UAAAAAUAAGGUUAAAUACCUUUUGGUUGUUGUUCCCCUCUCCUUAUAGUUUCAUUUUUUUUGCUUUCAAGAUUAAAGAGGUGAUUGAAGAAUCCUUGCUAUAUGGUUUUACACAGUGCCACAAUGUCAGCAGCCAGGCGCCGUAGAAAAAUGGUUCCUUCUGUUAGCGAUGAAUUCUGCCCCAACAGCAUGCACCUCUUGAAAAGAGUACAGCUACAGCAGCAGUGUAAAAAGCUAGGCCUUAAGGCUAUUGGAAAGACCACAGAAAUGCUUGAGAGGCUCCGGGAUCAUUAUAAACGUAACCGUCUGAAUGGAAGUAGCUCCACUGAUGAGGUCAUGUCUGAAACUGAGCAGUUUUCUCCUAAAGUGAAUUUUGCAUCUACUACUCCCCAGCUAUCAAAAACUCAGAUAGAUGGGCAUGGUUGGUGUGUAGUUCACGGUAUGGAACUUCUGCGCCCACCAUCUAGCUGGGCUCUUCUGGUUCUCAAGAAUGGCAGGGUGUGUGUGCCAGAUGGAGACAAAUGUAUUCCACUUCACCUGAAGCCUUCUAUGAACAGCAUGCCUCCAGAGCUGGAAGAUAAUUUUAUUUGCGAGGAAUGUGUUAAAAGGAACCAGGAAAAGGACAUGCGACAGGAGCAGCUGACACUUUUUACAGAGAGCAAAGGAGAUGGUGUGCCAAGAAGAUCCUGUGCAACACCCUACAAAGGCAAACGACAUCCAUCAGGGAAAUAUUGUCCAAAGGAAAACGCAGAUUAUGCUCGCAAGGUGGAAGAGCUUCUUAACAAAAUGGCUGCAGGCGAGGUGGAUUUUGAGAAUGUGAUCCAGCCACGUCAACCAGCUGUUGUCCAUUCUCCUCAAUUGCCCAGAAGUGCAGAUAGGGUUACUGUACACAAGGAGGAUGAAAGAGACAGCAUCACCUCCAUGAUGGCACUACCCCAGCAGAGCAUGACCGAUUACACUUUACCAUCUGUACGUGGAUGAUAAAAAAAAAAAAAACACUUGGGGCAAGGAUCAUGGAGUUUUAUUGGGGUUGAAAAAAU